AUUUGUGCUGCUCGUUUCUGACAGGGGAAGCAAUCGCUGACUGAUGUUGUCGUAUCAACAACAUGGCUGACGUGGGCACAGUUGAUUUCCAUGACGAGGUGGUUGAUGUCCCUCUUGAGGGAGACAUUGACGUGCCCGGCGCUGCCAAGUCAGACGAUGAACUCUCUACCCUAGAUGAACCUGUCAGAAUCACCAUUUUGAGAGACUUGAGGGCUGUGGGGAACAAGUUUUGGCACGUUUUGAUCCCCAAGAAAAGCUCAGUCCUGCUGAAAGAAUGGGAUCUCUGGGGACCUCUCGUACUCUGCACUUUCCUGGCCAUAAUGCUCCAAGGAUCCGCAGAGGAAGUGGAUGAGAUGAAGAACAACGACGGGGGGCCGCAGUUUGCCGAAGUGUUUGUCAUCUACUGGAUGGGCGCCGCUGUCGUCACGCUCAACAUCAAGCUGCUGGGGGGGAACAUAUCUUUCUUCCAGAGCAUCUGUGUGUUGGGCUACUGUGUGUCUCCACUGGCCAUUGCCCUGGUCAUCUGUCGCAUCCUGCUGGCGGUCAGCGUCGACUCGGUGGCUGUCUUCAUCGUCAGAUUCCUGUUUGUCAUCCUGGGAUUUGGAUGGUCUACAUUCGCAUCCACGGCCUUCCUGUCAGAAAGUCAGCCGGUGGGCAGGAAACUCCUGGCCAUGUACCCACUGUUCAUGUUCUACUUCGUCAUCAGCUGGCUCAUUAUCUCACACACGCACUCGUAGGACCUGUGCGGGAAUGUGUGUGUGUGUGGGUGGAGUAGAUAUAUUGUAUCUUAGUGUGGGAGUGUAUUGGUGCAUUUUUUGGUGUGUGCUUAGGAUAUCCGAGUGGGUGGAUGUGUGUUAGGGUGUAUGUGUGCAUAGAUAUGUUUUGAAUGGUUCAUGUGUGUGUGUGUGUGUGUGUUUGUU